AUGCUCAAUAUUUCUCGUGCUCGAUCACACCUUACUAUCCUAGGGAUCGGUGCAGCCAAGGCUGGCCAUACGAGAGGGUGUGCAACUCUCACUCUGCGCUCAUGCCACUCGAAUCAAUCACUCACGAUCAAGGCACAUAUUCUCAGUGGUUUAACUGCUCAAUUACCAUCUGACCAAGUCCCAAAUACCGACUUGGCACAGUACUCGCAUCUCACGCUCGCAGAUCCAGAGUUUGGAACCCCAGGUCCAACGGAUGUCAUCCUUGGAGCUGAUUACUACGGCCAGGUCAUCACUGGCGAGAUCAUCAAGUGCAAAUCUCCUGGAUUACUCGCUCAAAACACCAUCUUUGGCUGGAUUAUCAUUGGUCCAGUCCAAGCUCGGCUCAACAAACCACUGAGAAUUCAUCAUGCUGUCUCCAAUCAUCAUGAUCAAGAUCUUCAAGACUUACUGACUCGAUUCUGGCUCCAAGAAGAGGUCAGUCCAACUCAACUACGCUCAUUAACUCCCGAAGAAGAGGCUUGUGAAGCUCACUUCCGGGACGCUCACACUCGAGACAGUUCGGGCAGAUACAUCGUCAGACUGCCAUUGAUAUCAGACCCGCACCAGCUGGGGAACAUACACAGCAGCUCGUCGCUGCUUACAACACCUCAUGCGACGUCUUGA